AUGGAGGGAAUAAUGAAGUACUCCACGUCGCCUCCCAUGAGCCGUUGCGCUUCGCCUCUAUCCGUUAGGUCGUCCAGCUCAUCUUUACCAAUGCCAGUGACAUACAGGCAAGAUUGCUUUGGAGCAACCACCAAAUUUUACAAAUAUUUAAGAAAGCUCCUCAAGUUCGACCAGAUGGACUUUGAGUUUGCAAGUUGGCAGAUGAUUUAUUUAUUCACAUCACCACAAAAAGUAUACAGAAACUUCAAAAGUAGAAAACAAACGAAAUCUCAGUUUGCCAGAGAUGACCCAGCUUUUUUAGUCUUGCUAGCUCUUUGGCUCUGUGUGUCAUCAAUUGGAUUUGCCAUUGUCUUGGGACUUGGAUUCAUCCAGUUUACAAAAUUUCUUUUGUAUGUUAUAUUUGUUGACUGCAUCGGAAUGGGAAUUUUAGUGGCUACCGUUUCUUGGGUGAUCACAAACAAAUACUUACGCAUAGAUCAUUCUCAAGAUGUAGAGUGGGGCUAUGCAUUCGAUAUACACUUGAAUGCAUUUUUUCCCCCUUUGUUUAUCUUGCACUUUGUACAACUCUUUUUGUAUAACAUUUUAAUUGGUCAUGACUACUUCUUUUCACGUUUUGUGGGUAACACCUUCUGGCUUAUAGCUGUAAGCUACUACAUUUACAUAACAUUUUUAGGAUAUGCAAGUGUAGAAAUUCUUCAAAAUACAAAUACAAUACUGCAAGCAGCAAUGCCAGUAACAGUGCUCAUUUACAUUGUCACAUUAGCUGCUGGUAUAAAUAUGAGUCAAGAAAUGAUGAGAUUCUAUCACGAACGAGUUGUGUAAUGAGUUUACAUUUAGUGCUUCCAAAAGUGGACUGCUGAGGAAAAGAUUAAGUAAUUGAGUUUUUUUUUUUGUAAACUAUUAGUCACAUAAUUUAAGGUUUUUUCAUCCAAGCGUUGCGCGUGUGAUUCUUACGAAAAUGUAAGCGUUUCAGUAGGGACAAGGAUGGUUAAAUAA